UUGGCGCGGGCGGUGGCGCGGGCGGUCAAGCGGAGGGCUGCAGCACAGAAUAGCAUUGAUGAGGAGCAUGUUUUAGCUUUGAUUCUAAAAAAAGAUGGACUAGAGGAACAGAAGUGCAAAGAAAAACUGAAAGAAUAUUGUAAAGAAUUAACUGAAGCAAAACUAAAUAUAAAACAAGUACAUGAAAAACUUGAAGGUUUUUGCAAAGGUGGAAAAGCAGAUGCAAAAUGCAAAGAACUGAAAGACAAAGUCACUCAAAAAUGCACUACAUUUAAAAAAAAACUUCAAACAGCAGCUGGAAAAAGUAUUUUAGAACUGACAGAUGACGAUUGUAAACAAAAUGAACGACAAUGCCUAUUUUUGGAGGGAGCAUGUCCUGAUGUUCUUAAAGAUGAUUGUAAUACUUUGAGAAACAAGUGCUAUCAAAAGAAGCGUGAUAAAGUGGCGGAAGAUGCUCUUUUAAGAGUAGUUCGCGGAAAUUUAACCAACACAACUACAUGUCAAACAAAACUCAAAGAGGUUUGCGUAGAAUUAAGUCAAGAAAGCGAUGAGUUAACGAAGCUCUGUCUUUACCAAGAAAUGACGUGUAAAACAUUUGUAUCAAAAAAACAAGAAAAAUGUACUGCUCUUGAACAGGAUGUUAACGCAGCACUUAAAAAGGAAGAUGAAUUACGAGGAAAAUGUUUACUACUACUUGAACGAUGUUACUUUCACAGAGGGAACUGUGAAGGAGACAAAUUAAAGUGCAGUAAACCUACUAAUCAAGAUUGCAAAGAAUAUGUACCAGAGUGUGAUACAUUGGCAGAGAAGUGUGGAAAAGAAAAUAUUGUUUAUAUGCAUCCGGGACCCGAUUUUGAUCCAACUAAGCCAGAGCCUACAGUAGCAGAGGACAUAGGACUGGAAGAGCUUUAUAAAGAGGUUGAGAAGGAUGGAAUUUUUAUUGGAAAGAAUCAUCUAAGAGAUGCAACGGCUUUGUUGGCGUUGUUGAUUCAAGAUUCUAGUCUUAAGAAAAAUGGUAAGGAAGAGAAAUGCAAAGAAGUCCUUGAAAAUAGAUGUAAAAAUCCUCAAGAUCAUGAAGCUUUAGAAAAUUUAUGCAAAGAAGAAAAAAUAACUGACUAUGGAACAAAAAAGUGUUCUGAAUUGGAAAUAGAUAUUAAUAAAACAUGUACCAAUCUUGAACCAACAGUUCUUAAAAACCGUCUUUAUGAUCCACUUGAUAGAGUUGUGGAAUGGGGAAAAUUACCAACAUUUCUUAGCAAUGAAGACUGUGCAAGAUUAGAGUCCUAUUGUUUCUAUUUUGAAAAAAGUUGUCCAAGUGGUGAAAAUGCAUGUAAAAAUAUAAGAGCAACAUGUUACAAAAGAGGGCUUGAUGCACGGGCAAAUAAAGUGCUUCAAGAAAAUAUGCGAGGAAUGUUACAUGGUUCAAACAAAAGCUGGCUUAAGGAAUUUCAACAGAAGCUUGUGGGAUUGUGUGAAGAAAUAAGAAAGAAAAACAAAGCUUUUCCAAAUGAUGAACUAUUUAUUCUGUGUGUACAGCCAGCAAAAGCAGCUCUGUUGCUUACACAUGAUCUUCGAAUGAAAACUAUCUUUUUACGACAACAACUGGAUCAAAAGCGAGAUUUUCCGACAGAUAAAGACUGCAAAGAAUUAGGGAGAAAAUGCCAAGAUUUAGGAAAGGAUUCGAAAGAAAUUACAUGGCCAUGUCAUACACUAGAACAGCAAUGCAAUCGCUUAGGGAUUACAGAGAUUUUAAAACAGAUUUUAUUGGAUGAACACAAAGAUACUUUGAAAACUCAUGAAAACUGUACAAAAUAUUUAAAAAGAAAAUGCCAUAAAUGGUCUAGAAGGGGUGAUGAUCGUUUCUCUUUUGUAUGUGUCUUCCAAAACGCUACAUGUGAGCUGAUGGUAAAAGACGUGCAAGAUAGGUGCAAAAUAUUCGAAGAAAAUAUGCAAGCAUCAGAUAUUAAUGAUUCCCUUAAAAAAAAUCAAAUAAAAGCAGAAUCAGCAGCAAAUAUUUGUCCCUCAUGGCAUCCAUACUGCGAUAGAUUUUUACCCAAUUGUCCUGAUCUUAAGAAAGGAAAAACUUUCUGUCAAAAUCUUAAAAAAUAUUGCGAACCAUUCUACAAAAGAAAGGUUUUAGAAGAUGCUCUUAAAGUAGAGCUUCGAGGAAAUUUAAGUAAUAUAACUAAAUGUGAACCUGCAUUAGAAAGAUAUUGUACAGUAUUGAAAGACGUAAAUAAUGCGUCAAUCAGCAGUUUAUGUAAAGAUAAUACCGAAAGUAAAACUAAAAAGGCCGAUAAUAAAAAUGUUAGAAAGAAGCUUUGUCUAAAAUUAGUGGAAGAGGUGGAACAGCAAUGCAAAGUAUUACCAGCAGAAUUAACGGAGUUAGAAAAAAGUCUAAAAAAAGAUGUUAAGACAUAUGAGGAACUUAAGGAAAGGGCAAAAAAAGCAAUGAACAGAUCCAAUCUUGUUUUAUCACUCAUUAAGAAAGACGGAAAUAAUACACCGAAAAAUAAUAGUAAAAGCAAGGAUAAGAAUGUCGUUUCAAAUGAAAAAGAUACCACAAAAUAUGUGAAAAUACUACGAAGAGGAGUUAAGGAGGCACUUGUAACAGAAUCUGAAGCCAAGGCAUUUGAUUUGGCAGCAGAAGUGUUUGGAAGAUAUGUAGACUUGAAAGAAAGAUGUGAGAAAUUGGCCUCAGAUUGCGGGAUUAAAGACGAUUGUGAUGAUUUAAAAGAUGUGUGUGAAAAGAUUGAGAAGACAUGUCGUAAUCUGAAGCCUCUGGAGGUGAAACCGCACGAAGCAGUGACAGAAAGCACAACGACGACCACGACGACCACAACAACCGUUACCGAUCCGAAGGCAACAGAAUGCAAAUCCUUACAGACAACAGACACAUGGGUUACACAGACAUCAACACACACAAGCACGUCUACCAUCACAUCUACGAUUACAUCAAAAAUAACACUCACAUCAACGAGGCGUUGCAAACCAACCAAGUGUACGACAGGGGAUGAUGCAGAGGACGUGAAGCCGAGUGAGGGAUUGAAGAUGAGUGGGUGGAGCGUGAUGAGGGGGGUGAUAUUAGCAAUGAUGAUUUCGUUCAUGAUUUAG